UACUGCAUACACAUCAAUUCACAUUUUAUGAAUACUUAAAAUGGUUUAUUAUGCUACUUCUGCAAACGCUAAAAUAGUUAGGAAGCUAUUGUUUAAUUUCCAUAAAACUACAGAUAUAACUCCAAGUGAAUUUAUUAAAGAAUACAUAGAAAAUUCCAACGAUGAAAGUUACAAAAAACUCAUUUGGAUCACAGAAACAUUUUUAGGUGUGCACAAGCAUUCUACGUUUCUUAAACAAGUUCUAGAUAAAUCAUCAAAGGGUAUGUCUGAAGAUGAGCAAGACUAUUUUAUUAUCUUCGUUCAUAACGUAAUUUUUCAGUUAAAUACAAAACACAUGGAUGCAUUUUAUAAAUGUAUGUUUAAUUGUAGUAAAAAUCUACUUAAAAUUAUAACAUGCUUUCUCGGAGAUAAAGAUGUUAUAAAUAAAAUAUUGAAAAUAGCUGAAAUAAGUUAUGACACAGAAUAUGUGAAAGAAAAUAUUGAAAAAACAUUACUUUUAUGGCUACCGUGCAUGAAUAGUAUGGAAAGAACUUUUCUUAAAUAUGAAGAAGAUUCGAAAAUACGGAAACUCAAACAACCUACAAUACCAAUAACACCAAAUGUACUUGCACGGAAAAGAAUAGAAAAAUCUACUGAAGCUCCUGUUAAACCUGAUUCAAUAGAACCUUUAAUCAAACCUUCUAAUGUGAUCAGAAAAAUGCUCACCAAGGAUAAAAUUGAUGAAAAACUCAAGCAGAGUCACGAAAAAAAUAGAAUAAACGCAGAAAAAUUACUGAACAACGUAAAAAAUAUGAAUAAACACUAUACAAUAGAUACAUCUUCAAACCAAAUAUCUAUAAAAGAAACGGAAGCACCAGUCUUCUCUUCACAAGAAUGCAAGAGUAAUCGUAAAUCUUUCAGUAAAAAAGUUUCAAUACCAGUCAAAGAUACUACUUUAACUAUAAAACGAUAUAAGAAACGAAUCCAGAUGGAAGAACAAGAUGAAUUAAUAUGGCUUGAUAAUCUAAUGAAAAAUUGUGCAGGCAAUGCAAAUUUUUACGCACUUGUUGAUAAAUUACGACAAGAAAGAGAAAAUCAAAGAAUUGUUGAAAUUGAAAAAAAACAUUUGUUUGGUCAACUUUCUUAUGAAGAAGCUAUCAUUGCAAAAAAGAAAGUCAUAGAAGACAAUAGAAUAAAAUAUAAAGAAUUUCUCAAAGAGAAGCAGAUAUGGAACGAAGAAGUUGAAAAAUGGAAGAGGCUUCAAGAAGAAAAGAACAAAAAGAUUAUUGAAGAAUUGUCAUUUAAUGAGCUAAAGGUUUUGGAAUCCAAGAACAAUGUCUCAGCCAGAAAUGCUGAAGUAGCAAAGAAAAUCAAAGAAGAAUCAAAUACUCUUCGAGAUGAAGUUCUUAAACUUAAAAAUGAAGAAUUAAAACGUCGUGUAAAUAUGAUAAAGGAAAUUAAAAUAAUUGCGUCCAUAGCAAAACAAGCCCGAGUACCAAAAAUUAUAGACUUAACAGAAUCAUCUGGAUUGGGUUUGCUAUGUGAAAUGUCUAUUGCCGAAUUACAAGAGAGAUUGGUUGCUAUGAAACUAAGCCUAAAUGAAGAAUUGGAAAGAAAGAGACAAAUUAUUAAAGAAAAUAAUAUAGCAUCCAAAAAUGACUUGGAAAGCACAAAAAAAAUUGUGAGUGAAUAUUUACAGGAAAAAACUGAAACAAAACGGUAUGAUAAACUUACUAAACAAAUGCAAGAAAAGGCCAUGAAGACAAAUGUGAGUAAUUCAGCCGAGAUUUUACAACUUAAAGAAAUUCUGAUAGAAAAACGAAGGUUGAGAAUCCAAAUGACUAGGAAGUAGUUAAAAGUUCUUCAUUUAUUUUCCGUUUUGGAGUGUUGUCCUGUGAAUUAAAUAUAUUUUUAGUAA